CGUGGAUUGGUAUCUGAUUCCAACCUUCCACGCGUGUUCUGGCCCUUGAAUCCGGGGACCCGGACCUUCGUCAUCGAAAUACUAAGCUGGCUAUGGGAUCCAUCGUUGCAAACCACGUGUCGUCGGAUAAGAUCGACAGGAUGUUUGGAGCUGGAGGAAAUCCAGAGGUUUACUCACGCACGUUUGAGGGCCGCUCUAGAUCGACCUCCUCUAAUACGACCCCCACCUCUACCACCGCCCCGCCACCCAUAGGCUCUGCUCGGCUUCCCGCGCAUUCAAACGAGAUCCCCGCCUACAUCAACUCCCAACCCCCAAACCCCUCCAAGGACCCGUCCCAUCCUUCGCCAUCCAUGACCUCCUCUAACUAUGCCUUCCCGAAUGAUUACUCCUCUCACUCCAACUCUCAGACUCCCCUUGGUCAUGCUGACAGGGACUCGAUGAUCGCCGCUCCAUCUGCACCUGCACCACCGGCCUAUACCCGGUCUCCGGACUCCCCGCGCCUGCAGCCGACUUUUAGGUCGAUGCAGUCUGUUCCAGGAUCCGAGGCGAACUCCCCUAGCCGCAUUCGCGUACGGAGCUUGUCGCACAUUCAGAGCCUGGCCAGUGAAGAAUUCCUAGCGCCACCUCCACGAUCACACGCUGCCAGCCAUGGCUCCCCACAGCGACAGUUUGAAAUUAGCUCAAUGCCCGUGGGCGAUGUCAUCGAGAUGGUCGCUGGCUUGCUUACCAAGAUUACCACCACCAAUGAUCUCCACCAUGAGCAUACACAUCGCCACAUUCCUCCGCCAGAUGGGACGAGCAACCUUAGCCCACAAGCCACCAGUGUCCUCGCCUUCCACGGAAAGAACGUCCCAAGCAUUACAAUCCUCAGCUACCUCACUCGCAUUCACAAAUACUGUCCUACUACCUAUGAAGUCUUCCUCAGUCUGCUGGUCUACUUCGACCGAAUGACCGAUCUGGUCAAUCGGGGACAGGUCGACCAGUUUCAACGGUAUUGGGAACCCAGCGUUGGCGAGCCAUCUGAUUCCUCCUCGGAUGCAAUGGACACAUCGGCGGACCGCCAGGCAGAGGAUUCAUCAAUAGUUACUCCACCAUCUUCUACACGCAUGACGGCACAAGACCCAAAGAGCCCCAACGCAUCAAUCUCCCCGGGUCUGUACCCACAAGGAGAAGAAGACAGCCUGUCCCAAUUUUUUGUGGUUGAUAGUUUCAAUAUUCACCGACUGGUCAUCGCGGGCGUGACCUGUGCGAGCAAAUUCUUUUCUGACGUGUUCUACACCAAUUCUCGAUAUGCAAAGGUUGGCGGUCUUCCGCUUGUGGAGCUCAAUCAUUUAGAGCUUCAAUUCCUUCUGCUUAAUGAUUUCCGUCUAGCCAUUACAGUUGAAGAGCUCGAGGCGUACGGGACCAUGCUGGUCGAGUUCUACGCUCGCGAGAUCGUCUCACAACAACAAGCAUCCGUCCCCCGGCCCAUCCCAGGCUCAGGUGCUGGCUCUCCUUCUGACGCGAUGUACAUGCGGACUCGCGAGAAGCCUCGAGAUCCUACGGAACUCGGCCAGACUCCCACCCCACCUUAGUGCUUGUUUCCCUGGCAAUGUGCACAGCAUCCCUUCCUCCAUCGCUUUUCCACGCGCCUCACCUCAUCUCGACACGCUGGGCGUCCGCUAAUUGUUGAUGGUGAUGGUUCGUAAAUCAAGCUUACCAAUCCUCAUUUUCCUCGAUCUGGCGCCACAUAACCUUCUUCUUUCUUCUCACCUUCACACUCACAUAUCUUCUGGGCAGUUGCCCGAAUUUACAAGUCACGAAUUGUAUAGAUUUUGAUGGUCAGCCGGCUCAGCUGAUCGGGUUUCUUCCUUCUAUGCUAUUCCCCCAUCUGCACUUC